GUGGACAUGUACGAGAGGUUGCCCGUGCCUCAUGGACUUGUCAGGUGGGGUGUCGCGCCUGAUCAUCCUGAUGUCAAGGUGAGUCCGCGAGUGAGAGUUGGGGUUUAGUGUAGAGACUGUUGCGGAUGGAGGUGGAUCUUUGCUCUUGCUUCCUUGAUGGGUGUGCUCCAGCACUUCGCAGCUGCCUAUUGCCUUCCAUGCGCGCUCUUACGCAUUUCCUGUCUUGCCUGCCCGCGUGCCUGCCUGCUUGCUUGCCUGGAAGAAUGUGGAACAUCGCUUCGCAGAGGUGGCCAAAGAUCCGCGCUUCAAUUUCUAUGGAAACGUCAACAUCGUCUCGCAAGGGGGAGGAAAUCCUCGCAGCAGCAUGAGCAGCGAUGCGGUCCUCUUAUCCGAAGCUGACGCGCUGGAGAGUUACCCUUCAGCAAUCCACUUGCCCAUCGAGUCCAUCUUGCCUCACUACAACUCCCUCUUGCUAGCCUACGGCUCUACGCGUAGUCGCUCGCUAGGCAUCCCAGGCUCCCCGGACAUUUUCGGAAGAGGAGGUCUGCGCAAUGUUCAUUCCAGCUUGGACUUUGUGCACUGGUACAAUGGACACCCUGCUGCGCACGAUGUCUCGAUAGGCGGCGGAGGAAGCAGCAGCGGCGCCAAGCACAUGGAUUUGACGGGUGUGCAAAAGCUGUCCAUCAUCGGAGCUGGAAAUGUGGCGUUGGAUGUGGCUAGGAUCGUACUUCGUGCUCCCACCGCUCUGAGCAUUGCCGGAUCUUCCGAAAAGACCAGCGAUCCGACCAUCGAUGCGCAUUCCAAUCCAGGCAAGGAACUCGUACCCUUGCGCAAGUCGGACAUUCCCGAACCGGUCCUUGCGCAUCUCAGUUCCAGCCGCGUGAGAAAGGUGGACAUCUUUGCGCGCAGAGGUCCAGCUCAGUUGGCAUGCACCACAAAGGAGUUGAGGGAAAUGAUGACGCUUUGGAGCAAUGCCGAGACUGCUCACGUCAGGUUUGAAGGGGUGAGGGAGAAGGAUAAGCUGAGGGGUCUAGAGGGACUUCAAGCGUUGCAGAGGAGCUCGAGUCCAGAGUACAGAGCGAAAAAGAGAAUGUUGGAAUUGCUUUGGGCGGAUGAGGCUAGCAAGAGUCGAACGAGCAAGAAGAAGAGCUUCAAGGUGCCAAAGAAUGAGCAGCAGGCUCUUCAUAUGCCUUCAUCACCAACACAUCAAGAUCCGCACUCGGCACCGACGCAAGCCGCUUCGCAGUGGGCCUUGAACUUUUGGCACACUCCGAAAAGCUUCGAGUCUAGAUUGGAUGCCGAGGAUAGGGUUGGCAGCAUCCGCUUCAGCGUUGGGGAUGGGCAAAAAGAAGUGCCUAAAGACAUCAGCACAGACUUUGUCGUCACUAGUGUUGGGUACUUGGGAGCCCCGCUGCUGCGGAAGGGCAAGUCUGAGGGAGACGAUGCAGAACGAAGCUCCUCCAUCAUCCCUUGGGAUUCUAGGAAGGGUGUAGUACCCAAUGAAGGCGGUCGGGUUGUGCGUCCUGCUGUGGAUGGCAGCAAGAUCGUCCCGGGUCUAUACGUAUCGGGCUGGCUGGCUCGAGGACCUGUGGGAGUGAUAGCUUCUACGAUGUACGACGCCAACAGCGUAGCGGAUCUGAUCCUUUCCGAUUGGGCUCAACGUCUCUCUUCUGCCCACGACUCCGACGCUACAUCGCCCGACUCGCUGCUCGCUGCACCCGGCCAACAAGCUCCGGACUUGCCAAGGGAGCUGAGAGAAAGUAGUAGACCCUUUGUGGAUUGGAAUGGGUGGCAGAGGAUAGAUGGGGAAGAAUUGAGAAGAGGUCAAGAGCUGGGCAAGUUGAGGGAAAAGAUUUUGACGGUGGACGAGAUGCUCAGGGUAGCAGUGCAAUAGAUUCGAUUUGCUACUACGAUUGGUCAUGAGCGCUCGGGGGGCCGGUGUUUGACUCGCUGCGGCAAUGCUUCCAAAAAGGUGGCCCCAUCGACGGAUAGGAAAGAGUGUGGUGAUGCGAUUACACGGACAUGGCGAG